AUGGAUGACGCUAUCGAGGAGAAUAACGUCAAUUUCUCCUCACAAGUACGCCAUGGAGAGGAAGGUGUUUGGUGCCAAAUAUGUAAAGAAGACCAAACCAUGGCCACCAUCACACCCAUCGACUUCUCCCAAACCCCUCUAGCAACCCCAUACAGCCCAUUCUACGCUAAACUAAUUGACAACGUCUUCACCCCCAACGAAUGUGCAGACCUCAUCGCGCUAGCAUCCUCAACGGGGGACUGGUCUCCAGCCGGUUUGAGCGCAGAGGGUCCUACUCAGACCGUGCACACCAAUUUCCGGAACAGCGAUCGGGUGCUGGUGAUUGAUGAGGAGGUAUCCAGCAGGAUAUACGAAAAACUUAGACCGCUCGUUGAUGAGAUCUGUGAGAUCGCACCGGGGAGUAGGUGGUCUUGUAUCACUAGCAGACCGGGGAAGGAACAGGGUCCGACGUGGAAGAUGGUUCGAAUAAACCCCCGUCUCAGCUUCCUCCGCUACGGCUCAGGACAAUACUUCAAACCCCACUGCGACGGGCUCAACGACCUGCUCGACGGGAAGCAAAAAUCAUUCGUCACGCUCCAUCUCUACCUGAACGAACCCGAUGGUCUCACAGGCGGGGCGACGCGUUUCUGGACCCCAGAUAAGAAGGAACACUUGGACGUGGAGCCUAAACUAGGCAGAGUGCUUGUGUUCCAGCAGAGAAUGCUCGUUCAUAGCGGUGAAGAGGUUACGGGCGGUGUCAAGUACACGAUGCGCAGUGAUUUCAUGUUCGAACAGGCUAAUUCGUGA